AUGGAAGCCUAUAGCUCUAUGCUGAGAGCUAAGGUUUACGACAAUCCUUUUGCACUCUCAAGGGAGCAUGGCAAGAGGCAAAAAUCUCCAUUCCAAAAAAAUGUUCCAAUCACAAGAAGAACGAGACUUCUAGAUCUUCCCAACAAUGUUUUAGCGAAGAUCCUAACGGAAUUGUUGGUUCCCCAAACACACAUAAUGCCAGUUAUAAUUCGAGAAAAAGGUGGCAGGGCAGAACCUUCGAUAUUGCACUAUAGGUACCAAUGGAGCGAGGCACGUCAGGAGGAAUACGAACUGCAUCGUCUUCCCCAACAUAUGGAAGAUAGACCUACACAAAUGUUCUGGGCUGCAACUCCUACGAAGCAGGAGGCAAAACUUAUCGAAGCUGGGUACAAUCAGCUUACAACAAUAACCAAAGCAGGUCGAAAAAUCCAAGGAUUUUUGCAUGAUCGUAAGGGCUACGGAGUUCAAGUCAUUCACCGAUCCAAAGUAACUUUCACCGUAAUAUCAGGAGUUGCGAUUCUGCGUUCUUGUAAACGUCUUAAUAAAUUAGGAGUUGCCGUACUUUAUGGGGAAAACUCCUUCGUUUUCGACACACGCGGCUCUCCGAGCUUUACCGGACCUCAAAGUGUUGCUACCAUGGACCAGCUCUCGUAUGAUUUCGAUGAGAUUCCAGGUCAUCGACGUAAGGAUGGAACCAUGCCAACUGCAGAGCAGAUUUCUCACUCUGUUGAUAUGAUCUUUCAGCAGGAUCAAGACAAAUUGAAGUUCGCAUAUAAAGACCUAGAAAAAAUCGAACAAAAAUCGAAGUUCAUUUACCAGGACCCAUUCACAAGAUUUCUGAUGGAGAUUGGCCGGAAAAAUGCUUCGAAGCUUACCAAAAUUGUCAUUCAGGGCAAAUUUAACUGGAUUAUCGGCAAAUGGCAAUACACAAAGUCUAUCCCAGUCGGACUUCAUGACCUUCUUCCAAUUUAUACUACCAUUCUUAUUGAAGUUUGUAAGAACAUUCAUACCAUAACCUUGCAUGACGACGACCGGGGCUACCCUCAAAUGAAGCGGCUGGAUCGGCGAGAUACGGACAGGAACAGGCAAAUAAAUGAGUCUGUCGAGAAACUUGUUCACGCGCUUCCAUAUCUUCAGAAACUACAAUUAGGCCGUUACGAGUUCGUACCAGCCGGCUGUGGAUAUGAUCCAGGUACUCCUGGUAGUGAUGUCAUAGAAUUGGUGCAUCCAGAGGACGAGUGGGGGAUGGCUUUGAAGUGGAUAGGAUUCGUUGAACAACGUGCCCAGAGCCGCACGCUGGCAGAAUCAAAAUGCGAAGAGAAAAAGGAGAAUGGGGAAAAACCAAGAAAUCGAUGA